AUGAGUGGGAUAGCUUUAAAACUAACAGCAUUACUAGUCAGAACUAUUCUGAAACCCAUAUCAAAAGCUAUAUCCACUCAAGCCAAAAACAAUGAAACGUUCCGCAAAUAUUGCAUUUCAUUUGCCAAUAAACUUCACAAGACUGAUGUCAAAUUACGCAUGAAUUUACUAGGUGAGAAAAAGAUUAGAGUUAGACCAUUGAAUGAUAACAAGGCUAUUGAACAAGGUGCAGCAUUUAUAUCGGAAACUUUUAUCUUUAGUGUUGCUGGUGGCCUAAUCUUUUAUGAAGCUUAUCGAAGUCGUAAAAAGGCAAGUGAUCAACGUGAUGCAUUGGCUGAUGAUAUUACAAUUUUACAAAAUGAAAUUGAGUACAUAAAGACUAAAUUGAGUGAUUUGAAUAUUAAAUUGGAUGAUUAUAAAGUACCUGAAGGGUAUAAACCAAAAUAUGUCAAGAUUAACAGCUUACAAGAAAAUUCAACCCAACAACAGUCACAACAGUCACCACUGCAACUAAAUCCACCAUCAAAACCACUGGAACUAAAAUCACAACACCAACUACAGAGGGAGGAACAGCCGAGCCAACAGGGUUCACAAGCAUCACAAUCAAAGCCGCCACCGCCUCAGCCCACUUCGACUCCACCUACAUCUCACUAA